AUGUACUAUUCUCCCUUCAGCAAUUAUUGGAAUCCAUAUUCUUAUGGAAACUAUACUCCUUACCACUAACCAUAAAGGAAGCAACCUUAUUAUCAGCCUACUCCUUAUCAUAGCAGCUAUUAUGAUUAUGAUCCAACAUUUAAUUACUAUCCUACUCACUAUCCAAACUAUGAUCCCUAUGAAGAAGAACUUAGAAGAAGACAAGAGAAGAAAACAUUUGAUGAAAAGGAAAAAGUAGAUAAAUUGAAUUCCUCAUUAAAUAAAAGAAAAUAAAAUAAGACUGUAAAGAAUAAAAAAAUAAAUUUAUAAGAUCCUAAUAAAAUGGAAAAUGAAGAUAAACAAUAUGAGAGCAGCUCUUUUGAAUAAAUUAACUCCCAACACGAUAGCUCUUUUGAAUAAAUUACCAAUGAAAGUUUACAAAAUAAUACUUAAGCGAAACCUGAUCAGACUUCAAAAAAUAAUAAUAAUAAUUUAUAAAAUAACUUACCGAAAUUUAUCAGAGUCGACUCUAAGACAUAUAUUUAAGAAGAAUAGAUAAACUACUGGAAGGAAGUAAAUAGCAAUCCUGAUAAAAAUAACCUCUAAGACUGCUUAAUCGAAGAAAGAUAUCCAGAAGAAAUCGAAUAAAAAGCAGAAAAGCUCUCUAAGAUUGUACAAAAAGAUUAUUCAUAUUGUUUGUAAGUCAUUUUGUAAAAUCCAGACUACACAAUGGGAAUGUAUAUCGAUAUAAUACUUAACAAACAGCAAAAGAGAUAGUAACUUUGA